AUGAUGAAGGAAGCAUCAUCAGAGAUCCGGUCUUCGUACGAUUGCAAUAGAGAUGGAAGCUUAGAUGGAAAGUUGCGAUGGAGACCUAUAUGUGGUUGUGGAGAAUCUGCGGUUCUUCGAAGGGCUACCACUGACACAAACUUUGGGAAGCAAUUCUGGGGUUGUCGUCAUUACAAGGGUUCAUCUGAAUCUGGGUGUGGAUACUUUCAAUGGUUCUUUGAUGAUGUGGUGGAUGAGAAGGAUCAAUUUAUAAAGAAGCAGAAUAAUAGGUUGGAGAAGCUGCAAAAUGAGCUUGAUGGAGCAAAGAUGGAGAUACAUCAUCUAAAGGAAAGGAAGGAUGGGCUGAAACAUAAGAUAAUGGAGUUACAAAUUGAAAUGAAGAAGAUGAAGAAUUCUCAGAAAAAUGGAAAAGAUUCUUCUUUAUUAUGUUAG